AUGGCUCUCUCCUUGUCAACCUCAUUAUAUUCCAUCAGCCAACUCGCACUCUCUGGGAAAUCCCCUGAAAUCCGUAAUCUCAUUGGCAUCCGCACUUUUAUAUUCAUCUCUACGUUCAGUCUGGUGUUGAAUGGACUUUUGAUCAGUUUCGCAAUCGGGCUUGACACAGCCAUACGGUACGGUCUGCGCAACUUUAAGACGGCCAAGAGAAUGAGCGACUAUUACGAGAUUAGCUGCUUUGUGCUCGCUUUGGUUGUCAGUCAGCCGAUGCUUUACAUAUUUCGCGGAUUCUUGUGGACCGGAUCCGCCGUGGUCAUGAAGUCUUCAAUGUUGGCCAUGGCCGGCAGAGUUGAGUUUGAUGUAGUUGUGUGGAUGUUCGAAUCGGCGUGGAUCGCCGUGGCUAUGGUGUUUUCGAGUGGUUUUAUUGGAUUUGCGCUGUGUCCAGAGCCGUGUUGGGGUGUCCGCCUGCUACGUAAUGUCGUUCAUGUGUCUGUUAGUAUGGAGGCCGGUGUUCCGCAUAAUUGGAUCACAGUCACCCUCGCUUCUCCGCAUAUUAUCUGUCUGUGA